CGUAUUGCCGGGAAUAAUGAAACUGAAGCGAUCUCUGAUCGCAGCCCGUGCCAUAGUUGUGGGAGAUCCAGAGAGGGCGCGCUAUAUUUCGACAUUAUUAGAUGCACCCAUAACCGUCUCUGAAGUCCGUGAGUAUUACACCUACACGGGUACUUACAAGAACAUUCCAGUCACGGUAUCUAGUCAUGGAGUGGGUGGAAGUGGCGCCUCAGUGGCGUUCGAAGAGCUCAUAGCGGCAGGUGUCAAGGUGAUCAUUCGUGCAGGGACCUGCGGCUCUUUUCAGCCGGAGUUUCGAGAGGCGAGCAUCAUCAUUGCGACCGGGGCCAUCCGCAGCGACGGCGUGACGCCGGCUUUGAUUCCUAUUUCUUAUCCCGCGGUUGCCGACUAUUCCGUCGUUCAGGCGUUGAAGAAGGCCUGUUCCGACAAUCCGAACAUAAAGUGUGGCAUUGGCGUCAUUGCCACCGAGGGCAAGCUUUACGAUGGGUUUUUAGGAAAUGACAACGAACUCUGGAGCAGGGCUGGCGUGCUCGCAGUGGAAAUGGAAUGCAGCGUCCUUUUCGUGAUUGGCAGCCUGAGAAAGAUCAAAACAGGGGCGAUUCUGAACGUCGACAAUUACGUGUUAGACAGGAUGAAGAAAGGGGGGGCCUACGAUCCCCAUCGAAAUAUCGUGAAAACAGGGAGCAUUAUCAUGUGUCAAGUCGCCCUCGAGGCCCUCAUAUCUGUGCCGAUAUGA